CGUUCAUAUAUACACGCUCCCCGGCCUUGCUGCUGCUGCUGCAUUCUUCUUGAUCUGAUCGUUGAACAUGGCGUCGCCCAUGCUCUCCGCCGCCACCGUGCCGCUCCAGGGCGGCUUGUCGGAGUUCUCCGGGCUGAGGAGCUCAGCGUCGCUGCCGCUGCGGCGGAAUGCCAACUCCGACGACUUCAUGUCGGCCGUCUCCUUCAGGACCCACGCGGUUGGCACGAGCGGCGGCGCGCGUCGGGCGCCGACGGAGGCGAAGCUGAAGGUGGCGAUCAACGGGUUCGGCCGCAUCGGGCGCAACUUCCUGCGGUGCUGGCACGGGCGCGGCGACAGCUCGCCGCUCGAGGUCAUCGCCAUCAACGACACUGGAGGCGUGAAGCAGGCGUCGCACCUCCUCAAGUACGACUCCACGCUCGGCAUCUUCGACGCCGACGUCAAGCCCGUGGGCGACAACGCCAUCUCCGUCGACGGCAAGGUGAUCAAGGUCGUGUCCGACCGCAACCCGUCCAACCUGCCGUGGGGCGAGCUCGGCAUCGACCUCGUCAUCGAGGGCACCGGGGUCUUCGUCGACCGCGACGGCGCGGGCAAGCACAUCCAGGCCGGCGCCAAGAAGGUGCUCAUCACCGCUCCCGGCAAGGGCGACAUCCCCACCUACGUCGUCGGCGUCAAUGCCGACCAGUACAGCCCCGACGAGCCCAUCAUCAGCAACGCCUCCUGCACAACCAACUGCCUCGCCCCCUUCGUCAAGGUCCUCGACCAGAAGUUCGGCAUCAUCAAGGGGACGAUGACCACCACCCACUCGUACACCGGCGACCAGAGGCUGCUCGACGCGAGCCACCGUGACCUCCGCCGUGCCCGUGCCGCGGCGCUCAACAUCGUGCCGACGUCCACCGGCGCGGCCAAGGCCGUGGCGCUGGUGCUGCCGAACCUCAAGGGCAAGCUCAACGGGAUCGCGCUCCGGGUGCCGACCCCGAACGUGUCCGUGGUCGACCUCGUGGUGCAGGUGUCCAAGAAGACCCUCGCCGAGGAGGUGAACGCGGCGUUCCGCGACAGCGCCGCCAACGAGCUCCAGGGCAUCCUCGAGGUCUGCGACGUGCCGCUCGUGUCCGUCGACUUCAGGUGCUCCGACGUGUCGUCCACCAUCGACGCGUCGCUCACCAUGGUCAUGGGCGACGACAUGGUGAAGGUCAUCGCCUGGUACGACAACGAGUGGGGAUACUCGCAGAGGGUCGUCGACCUCGCCGACAUCGUCGCCAACCAGUGGAAGUGAACGCCGGCGCUGCUGCCCCUGUAACUCCAGCCCCCUCGCCCCAAAAUUUUCCCCAGCCUUCUUCUUCUUCUCGAUCCUUUGUAAUGAGAAUUCGAAGUUUCGAGCGCCCAGCACAGUUUCUUGUUUUUCUUUCCUUUUCUUCCCUUCCUCUGAUUUUUCACUGCCCGGCAUGAAUUAUUAUCGACUUCCGGCAAAUGGAAAUCGCAACGCUGUGUAAUGUUCAUGUGUAAUACAGUAUAUACUACCGGUUGCCAGGUUCUGAUAUAGAUUUUCAGCAUGUUGUUUGGAACC